UCAAGUCACCUUCACAGAGGUUGGCCAAUCUGGGUUUUGCAAUCGUUUGAAACCAGGCAGCUGAGGACAUGUUUAUGAAGCCAGUUCUUCCCCAACUUCCAACCAAAUGUUUCUUAGUUGCUACCAUCUAUACACUUUUUUUUAGUCCAUUUUUUGCACUUAAGUUGAAACUUUGAACAACCCACAAGAGAAAAUGCACUGGAGGAUUUCUGUGCAGCUGUAAACUCUUCACAAACAUAUAAAAUCUUUAUUUACGCUUCAGAUUUACUCUCUGCAAGAGGUAACGCGGCCGCUUUUGAAGUGCAGGGACUUCCUUAUCUAAACAUUGUCAGUGGCCCAGAAGGAUGUUGCCUCAGCAUGUUACUGACUAAUAAGUUUUUUUUUUUUCCGGAUGUGACUUUUUCCUUGAGCGUUGUGUGAAGCCCAAAAAAAUACCCAGCUAUGUGUCAGGGUUGAACUGAGAAGUCAGGAGGAAGUGAGAAGAGACAAAACCACAGCUACUUUGUCAAGUGCGGCUAUGCAGGCUCCAACUUCCCAGAGCACAUCUUCCCUGCGCUGGUUGGGAGACCCAUCAUUCGCUCCACAGCUAAAGUGGGAAACAUUGAGAUCAAGAAUGCACAGAAGAUGGACCUGAUGGUGGGAGAUGAGGCCAGUGAGCUGCGCUCCAUGCUGGAGGUGAACUACCCCAUGGAGAACGGCAUAGUCAGGAACUGGGACGACAUGAAGCACCUGUGGGAUUACACCUUUGGCCCUGAGAAGCUCAACAUCGACUCUCGCAACUGCAAGAUCCUGCUGACAGAACCUCCCAUGAACCCCACCAAAAACCGGGAGAAAAUCAUUGAGGUGAUGUUUGAGACCUACCAGUUUGCAGGAGUCUACAUUGCUAUUCAGGCUGUCCUGACGCUGUAUGCCCAAGGCCUUCUCACUGGUGUGGUGGUGGACUCUGGCGAUGGUGUGACGCACAUCUGUCCCGUUUAUGAGGGUUUCAGUCUGCCCCACCUGACGCGACGCCUGGACAUCGCAGGCAGGGACAUCACCCGCUACCUCAUUAAGUUGUUGUUACUGAGAGGUUACGCCUUCAACCACUCAGCAGACUUUGAGACGGUGCGCAUGAUGAAGGAGAAGCUGUGCUAUGUGGGCUACAACAUCGAGCAGGAGCAGAAGCUGGCGCUGGAGACCACCGUGCUGGUGGAGUCAUACACGCUGCCAGAUGGUCGUGUGAUCAAGGUGGGAGGAGAGCGGUUUGAGGCCCCCGAGGCUCUGUUCCAGCCCCACCUCAUCAACGUGGAGGGUGUUGGAGUGGCCGAACUCCUCUUCAACACCAUCCAGGCAGCUGACAUAGACACCAGGCCCGAGUUUUACAAACACAUCGUGCUGUCUGGAGGAUCCACAAUGUACCCGGGCCUGCCGUCCCGGCUGGAGCGGGAACUGAAGCAGCUCUACCUGGAGCGCGUCCUCAAGGGAGACGUGGACAAACUUUCGAAAUUUAAGAUCCGCAUCGAGGAUCCUCCCAGGCGAAAGCACAUGGUGUUCCUGGGCGGAGCCGUGCUGGCCGACAUCAUGAAGGACAAGGACAACUUCUGGCUGACUCGGGAGGAGUACCAGGAGAAAGGAGUCCGCGUGCUGGAAAAACUCGGAGUCACCGUCAGAUAAAGCUCCGGACGGACAGAACACACACACGCGCGCACACAUUCAGACACAACACAUGAAAAAACAAACACACAUUUUUCCAUUCAUCCUUAUUGCAGAGUUUAAAUCUAUUUAUCCCCUUUCUACGUUGUCUGGCUCUUGAUCCUCAAACAACCAAAGGAAUCGGGCCUUCUCCUCUUCCUGCUCCUCCUCUCUCCCCUCUCCUUUUUGAGGAUCGACUCAGUUUUUCUAGCAAGCCUCCAGAAGUAAGUUCAUGCUUGCAGAUUGCCAGUGAGGUAUUGUUUUGCUGGUGGAAAUGGUAAAAACCACACGGGGAGCUGAACACCUGUGAGCAGAUUGCGUCGCUCGCUCGUAAUUUUGGCAGGUGGAGCCUCCAGCUACAACCGAAACAAUUGGCUUCCUUCUCCAACUUUUAGUGGAACGUUUCAAACUCCUAAAGUCCCAAUCACAGCCCGUCAGAACCAGCCACGGCCGCUUUCAGCAUCUGUUCCAGGUGAGCGAGAACUGAUCACGUUUUCAUGUCUUUUUUUAUAAAUGAUACAUGACUUGUGGGUGAGGGAUUUUUUGCGCUUUUCUUCUUUUGCUGGAUGUAUCCUAAAUCUGAUUUUUUUUCUCCAACAACUUGUUUUUCCCCUUGUUGCUGUGCACUGUUGUUGUGAAUGGAGUGCAUCUGGUGACAUGAAUUCCUUCAUAUUUUAUUUUUCUGAUUAAAAACAUAAAAAGAACUAAUGGUUGAUUCAUAAAGGGACAAAUACACAAAAGCCCCCAAGCUUGACAUGGAGUGUGUGACGGUACGUUUGGGGUUAAGCGGGGUGGUGACACGGUUGAUAACAUGAGGGGGAGGUUACUAUUUGUUGUUCAUCAAACCGCCUCGCCUCUGCCUCCUCUCUGGAUGGAGGGUUAGGAGCAGACUGUGGCGUUCCCAGAUCCAGAGUCUGGAGGCCGGUUGAGGAUUUGAUUUUGCAGCUUAAAGAAAUAAAAUGAUAUCCUAAUAAAGUUGAAAUGUUGUUAAGAACCAUAUUUAAGUUCUCCAGUCUUUGACUCCCUGGCUUGACGCUCAUUGGAGGCACUUUGAUAAAUGUGUAUAUUUUUUUUUCUUCUUUCCUUGAACGUCUAUCCAGUGCCAAGUGCAGUUGUUAACUGGAUCUAAUGUUUCGUUGUCUUUCUUUUUGUCAGUUUGUUUUUAUUUUCCUGUGUUCAUAGCGUAACUGCCUAACGCCGAUUUAAAUAAAGAAAAGUGAUUUAUAAGGA